UGAAAGACGUAGCCAUAUUUUUUUUCAAAAAUAUCGUUUGCUACGUUUUGCUGCCAAAAAAUGGGAAAAUAUUCAGCUGUUGAAUCUCUUCUCAUUGAAGAAGUGAAAAAGUAUCCUGGUCUCUGGAAGACAACGGACCCGGAGUACAAAAAUCGAGCGGCUAAAGACAGUGCUUGGGAAGCUAUAACGGAGACGGUGAAUGCCGCAGCGAACACCACGUAUUCAGUAAUGGACUACAGGGACAAGAUUUGGAAAAACCUACGAGAUUCAUAUGUACGKGUWCUCAGUGGACGUACCUACAAGUCUUCCAUCUAUGAUUCUGGGGACAUCACCAAACAUCCACACCUUGAGCCCUUGUCCUUCUUGAAGAUCUACAUCAACCGCAGAAAAAGUACCACAAAAAAGCUAUUUCAAGAUAGCCCUGACAUCAAACCAGAUGUAUGUAAGUCAGAGAGUGGUGAAGAUGCAACAAUGAGUGAUCACACUGACAUGCUGUCAAAUGAUCAUGAUGUACCUUUAUCCAUGGCAGAAAGRAUCCCUACAAGUUCUAAUACAGAUCACGAGGCAGAAGAAAAUGGCUCUGACAGAGCUGUUAAGCGUCCUUACCUGCAGUCAGCGCCAAAUGAACAAAUUGAUAAAGGUGCACUUGACUGUAAAAUAAUGGAAUAUUUGUCAAGAAGUGGAGCGACUCCUUGCCCAUGUACACAGUCAAGAGAGGAAAGGUGUGAAAUGGAUGCUGACACUUUGUUUGGUCAAAGCAUAGCUGCACAGCUGAGAUCAAUGGACAAACGAACUAAUGCAACUGCUAAAGUGAAGAUCCAACAGAUACUGCUUGAGUUGCAGUUCCCUGAAAAUCCUAAUAACUCCUAAUCAAUCCCUAAUAAUACUAAUAAUUCAUAAUGAGCUAUAAGUUACCAGGUAAUGCAUACUCACAAUGCAGUCACUAGCUGUCAAGAUAUUUAUUAGUUAGGACUUAAAGUCCAGAAGAUUUAUAAACUUAUUUGUAGAUUUUGUGUCUUUUAAUUUAACAGUGGUCUGGUAUCAUUAAAUAUUUGAUUAAUCAGAAAUUAAAGACCUUAGAUUGUUAACAAGUUAGAGAAUCAUCUUUUAUUUGGUUAUUUAGAAGUGAACAUUGUAAAACAGAUUUAAUCUUUUUUGUCUUUCUAUCAUUUAACCUUUUAAAUAGAUAAGUUAUUCUAGAGACUCUAAUAAUCAUUUUAGUGUCUAUUACAUUAUUUAAUUAAAUAGGUUUAGCUUCAUCAACUGCAGCAGUGUACUAACAGUGUACAUGCACUCUCAUUUUUAGUAAAAAUAAAAAUUAAUAUCUCAUCGUA